AUGAAAACUCCACUGUUUAAUAUCCAGCAACUCAGGAGAUUUUCCUCCUUCCGGGGUCUCAAUCAGGAAAUAAAAAUAUCACCGCUGGCCAAGAUCAGGAACAUAGGAAUCAUCGCCCAUAUUGAUGCGGGAAAGACCACCACCACCGAGAGAAUGCUCUACUACGGCGGUCUGACAAGAAGCAUUGGAAACGUUGAUGAUGGAGAUACAGUGACGGACUAUCUUUCUGCCGAGCGCGAGAGAGGAAUCACGAUUCAGAGUGCCUCGGUGACUCUUCCAUGGAACGGAAGAUCCAUCAACCUCAUAGACACACCGGGCCAUGCAGACUUCACGUUCGAGGUGAUUAGAUCGUUGAGAGUGCUCGAUGGAGUAGUCACCAUUCUGGACAGUGUGGCUGGAGUUGAGGCCCAGACUGAGAAGGUGUGGAAGCAAGCCAGCGAUUUGGGCAUUCCCAAGCUGGCCUUCCUGAAUAAGAUGGAUCGUGACGGUGCUGGGUUCGGCAGAACGGUCAAGGAAAUAGUGGCCAGAUUGGGAACUCGCGUUGUCCUUGUGAAUGUUCCUCAUUUCAAGCACGAUUCUGCCAGUCAAGGUAGCAAGUUCGAUGGGGUAAUUGAUGUCUUCGAGAAGAAGCUACUUCAAUGGGAGGAAGGUGAUGGAACGGACCUCAAGGUUACCGAUAUCUCGGACCACUCCACCACUCCAGAGCUCUACGAAGAGUGCGAGAGGUGUCUUGAAGCUGCUGUUGAAACGCUGGGUGAAUUUGACGAGGAGGUGGUUUCUGCUUUUUUGGAGACGGAAGAUUACAUGAAGGUUCCUCCUUCCGUUCUCAAGGCUGCACUUAAAAGAGCCACUCUAGAGUCGUACGCGGUGCCCGUUCUUUGCGGCUCGAGUUUCAAAAAUAUUGGAGUUCAGCCUCUGUUGGAUGCUGUGGUUGAUUAUCUUCCAUCUCCGUUAGAGAUGAAGCUUCCGGAAGUCACUACUGACUUUAAGAGUAUCGCCAGGUCCAAGAAGAAACAGCCCAAGAAAGAUGAGGUGAAUGACAACCAUUUGGCUGUUACAAUAGAUCCAGUUAGUGGUUUGAAUAUCAACAACAACAAGAACUUGACCACGGCAUUGGCUUUCAAGGUAUUGACCGAUCCAAUGAGAGGAAUCAUGGUCUUCGUGAGAGUGUACUCUGGCCAGUUACAGCCCAACUCCACACUACUGAAUACCACCACCGGUGAAAGAAUUAAGAUAAAGAAAUUGUUGCUGAUGCAUGCUGAUACUCCUCGGGAAGUUUCCAAGCUCGAGUCCGGUAGUAUUGGUGUUAUUACAGGGGUAAACAGCAUUAGAACUGGUGAUACUCUCGUCAGUCAUGCUACGAAGAAAGACGUUAAUGGACUUCAGCCCCGGGAGACGAUGGUGAAAUUACAUCCCAUAAAUAUUCCUCCUCCUGUUUUUUCUGUUUCUUUGGAACCGGUUACUCACGGUGACCGGAGAAAUAUGGAAACUGCUCUUGAGACAGUGUUGAGAGAAGAUCCCAGUCUCCAUUUAAGUGAAGAUGAUGAGUCCGGCCAGACCAUUUUGUCGGGAAUGGGAGAAUUGCAUCUGGAAAUCACAAAGGACAGACUAUUGAAGGAUAUGAAGGUGAAUGUCGACGUUGGUGAUGUCAAAGUUACAUUCAAAGAGACGAUUCUGAGGCCAACCAAUUACUUCACUAAGACCGUGCCCUGUGAGAAGGGUGGUGAGUUCAAGAUCACGUUGAGUCUGGAUUCCUUUGAGGGAGAUAUUAAAGAAACGUCAUUCGCCGAAGAGCCAAGCUUCAUCGCACUGAAUAUGGACAAUAAUGCCAUUCUGCUGGAAGAAUCGAGUGAAUCUGAAAAAAUUCGUGAAAGCCUCAAAGGCCUAGAAGGUGGUGAAAAAGGAUGGCCGUUUGCAAUUGCUUACGAGACCAUGAUCAGGGCCCUUGUUUCGGGUGUGACUGCUUCGCUUCAAGUCGGUGGUCCGAUCGCGAGAUUGCCUGUCCAUUCGACAAUUGUUCGGAUAAAGGAAUGGGAGGUUCCGCUGGCUGCGGAUAAUGUAUCUCCUCUGCUAACCUUGGCCAGACAGGCUGUGCUUGAGGCGUUGGCCAGUUUGGACCCGAAGGACACCACCCUAAUGGAGCCUCAAAUGAAGGUCUCCGUCUAUGUGAACGAUGAGGAUCUAGGGGUUGUCAUCCAGGAUCUAAUGGGUACGAGGAAGGCCAAUAUUUCAGGCAUAGAAGAAACUGGUGAUGAAGCCGCAGGGGACGAGCUGAGAUGGGCUAAACAGGAGGCAGAAAGAACAUACGUGCCUCAAGACCCCACGAUGAUGUACAUCAAGUCCGGCCAGGCGGCUGGCAAAAAGGCCGUGAGAUUCAACUCGCCGUUGAAAGAAAUGAUUGGUUAUCUCCCAAAGCUCCGAAGCCUCACCAAAGGUAGAGGAGUCUACGAUAUGGAGUUUGCCGGAAUGUACCGGAUCCCCGGUGACCGGUUGCAAGAUGUGUUGAGACACGACCUCUGA